GGGGUGGGGGGCGGUGGCUCAGGUUUCUCAGGGCGGCGGCGGGGACGCGCCUGGCGUUGGCACCAUGAAUCCGCUGUAACGCGCAGGCUGCGCUGUGCGGGGGGAGGGGGGAGAGGAGGACUCCGCGGUGUAGUUCUUCGCCAUGAACCUGAGGGGCCUCUUCCAGGACUUCAACCCGAGUAAAUUCCUCAUCUAUGCCUGUCUGCUGCUCUUCUCUGUGCUGCUGGCCCUUCGCCUGGAUGGCAUCAUUCAGUGGAGUUACUGGGCUGUCUUUGCUCCAAUAUGGCUGUGGAAGUUGAUGGUCAUUGUUGGAGCCUCAGUUGGAACUGGAGUCUGGGCACGAAAUCCUCAAUAUCGAGCAGAAGGAGAAACGUGUGUGGAGUUUAAAGCCAUGCUGAUUGCCGUGGGCAUCCACUUGCUCCUAUUGAUGUUUGAAGUUCUGGUCUGUGACAGGAUCGAGAGAGGGAGCCAUUUCUGGCUUCUGGUCUUCAUGCCACUGUUCUUUGUUUCUCCAGUGUCUGUUGCAGCUUGUGUCUGGGGCUUUCGACAUGAUAGGUCACUAGAGUUAGAAAUCCUGUGUUCUGUCAACAUUCUCCAGUUUAUAUUCAUUGCCUUAAGACUGGACAAGAUCAUCCACUGGCCCUGGCUUGUGGUGUGUGUGCCCCUGUGGAUCCUCAUGUCCUUUCUGUGCCUCGUGGUCCUCUAUUACAUCGUGUGGUCGGUCUUGUUCCUGCGCUCCAUGGAUGUGAUUGCAGAACAGCGCAGGACGCACAUCACCAUGGCACUGAGCUGGAUGACCAUCGUCGUGCCUCUCCUUACUUUCGAGAUCUUGCUGGUUCAUAAACUGGACGGCCACAAUGCUUUCUCUUGCAUUCCAAUAUUUGUGCCCCUGUGGCUGUCGUUGAUCACACUGAUGGCAACCACAUUUGGACAGAAGGGCGGAAACCACUGUACGUACUCUGUGCCUGAGAGGCACUGGAGGGGUGUGUGUGUGUGUGUGUGU